CAGUGUGCAACUAUAAACAAUAGUUUCAUUAUCACAGGAAACGUUAUCUGUGGCUUAAACAGACCAAAUACACCCGACUAACUCCACCUAACCCAUGAAAUACUAAGUGCUUCUAAAGUGUUGCGUGAUUUAGCUAUAUUUACUUUUUUAAUCUGAGCAGCUGGUCUGGAGGGCAGAGUGUUUGGAAAGUGCUGCUCCGAUUGGGGUGCUCGACAGGGGGAAGAGAGAUGGCGUGCUUGUUGGAGGCCCCUCUCCGCAUCAGCGUGCUAUCUGAGGUCACGGCCACCAGUCGCCAUUAUGUUGACAGGCUUUUUGACCCUGACCCGCAGAAAGUGCUGCAGGGAGUCAUUGACAUGAAGAAUGCUGUCAUCGGAAACAACAAACAGAAAGCCAACCUGAUUGUCCUGGGAGCUGUGCCCAGGUUACUAUAUCUGCUCCAGCAGGGCUCGUCCAGCUCAGAGCUGAGGGCAGAGUGUGCGGUGGUGCUGGGCAGUCUGGCCAUGGGCACUGAGAACAACAUCAAGUCCCUGGUGGACUGCCACAUCAUCCCUGCCCUACUGCAAGGUCUCCUAUGUCCAGACCUGAUCUUCAUCGAGGCUUGUCUACGCUGCCUCAGGACAGUCUUCAUCAGUCCAGUCACCCCAGUGCAGCUGCUCUACACUGACCCCACUGUGAUCCCCCACCUCAUGUCCCUGCUGAGUCGGUCACAGCGGACGCAGGAGUACAUCACCCAGAUCUUCUCCCACUGUUGCAAGACUCCGGAGCACCAGACGGUUCUGUUUAACCAUGGGGCUAUCCAGAACAUUGCUCCUCUUCUCAUCUCUCCCUCCUAUAAGGUACGGAUGCAAGCAUUAAAAUGCUUCUCGGUCCUGGCCUACGAGAACACUCAGGUCUCCAUGACACUGGUGAAUGUGCUGGUGGAUGAGGAGCUGCUCUCUCAGGUAUUUGUCAGAAUGAUGCAAAGGGAUCAGCCCAUUGACAUGCAGCUCACAGCAGCCAAGUGUCUAACAUACAUGUGUCGAGCAGGAGCCAUUAGGACCGAUGACAGCUGCAUCGUGUUAAAGACCCUGCCGUGCCUGGUGAGGAUGUGCAGUAAGGAGAGGUUGUUGGAGGAGCGUGUGGAGGGGGCAGAGACCCUGGCCUACCUGAUGGAGCCUGAUGUGGAGCUGCAGAGGAUCGCCAGUGUAACCGACCACCUAGUGGCCAUGCUGGCUGACUACUUCAAAUACCCCAGCUCUGUCAGCGCCAUCACUGACAUCAAGAGGUUGGAUCACGACCUGAAGCAUGCUCACGAGCUGAGACAAGCUGCCUUUAAACUGUACGCCUCACUGGGCUCCAACGAUGAAGAUAUCCGCAAGAAGAUCACAGAGACUGAGAACAUGAUGGACAGGAUAGUGAGUGGCCUGUCAGAAUCCAGCGUCAAGGUGCGGCUAGCUGCCGUCAGGUGUCUUCACAGUCUGUCCCGGUCAGUCCAGCAGUUGAGGACUAGUUUUCAUGACCACGCCGUAUGGAAGCCCCUUAUGAAGUUGUUACAGAACGCUCCAGACGAGGUGUUGGUCAUGGCCUCUUCUACACUAUGCAACCUGCUACUGGAGUUUUCACCCAGCAAAGAGCCCAUCUUGGAGUCAGGGGUGAUAGAGUUACUAUGCAGUCUGACCCAGAGUGAUAGUCCAGCCCUGAGGGUCAAUGGCAUCUGGGCUCUAAUGAACAUGGCGUUCCAGGCGGACCAGAAGGUGAAGGGGGAGAUUGUGAGAGCGUUGGGAACAGAGCAGCUCUUCCGUCUGCUUUCUGACCCUGACUCUAACGUCCUGAUGAAGACCCUGGGCCUGCUACGGAACCUGCUCUCCACCCGACCCCCCGUUCCUGUCCUUCUCAAGCUUCUGCACUCCUUGCUGGUAGAGCUGAUAGACCAGAUGGAGCAUUCAGCGGCAGUGCCCUCCAGCUGGCACAUAGACCAGGUCAUGAGUUCUCAUGGGAAGCAGAUCAUGCAGGCAGUCACUCUAAUCCUCGAGGGAGAACACAGCAUCGAGGUCAAGGAACAGACACUCUGUAUCCUAGCCAACAUUGCCGACGGCAACACAGCCAAGGAACUCAUCAUGACCAAUGACGACAUCCUCCAGAAAAUCAAAUAUUACAUGGCUCACUCUAAUGUGAAGCUCCAGCUGGCGGCCACCUUCUGUAUCUCCAACCUGAUCUGGAACGAGGAGGACGGUGAGGCCAACGCCAUGACAGGUUCCCAGGAGCGUCAGGACAAGCUGAGGGAGUUGGGCUUUGUAGACAUCCUGCACAAACUCACCCAGGCCUCAGACCCCAACCUCUGUGACAGGGCGAAGACGGCAAUGCAGCAGUAUCUGGCGUGACCCUACGAGAGCAGUCUCCGAUGUCGUUGCCCCUAACAACACAACUAACAAUCCAAUGGCCUGCCAGGAGGAGACUUGCCUGCCUGCUGCCAUUGUUUUGUUUUCUUCUCCUUCAGUUUAAUCUUAGUUUUGUUGCACAAAGACACCUUUGAGCUGCAGCGGCAGACGCCCCCCUUCCACCCCAUCACCCCCAACCUGACCCCCAUCCCACCCGGAGACGAGGUUGGCGGGGGAACUGGGAAACACCUUCUGCAUAGCAACGGUUACUGGAGGGGGGGAGGGGUCAUUCAAUGGUUUUUGCCUUUUUAUUUUUUUAUGCAAAGAUGGAUGUGAAUGAAGAAGGGUUAGUAGAGUGCAGUACAGUAGCCAGCCAGUGCAGCACAUCGCCACCAUGUGGCCAGGAGGCUUUGGUGCUAUUGGACUCCUAAUGAGGAGACUGAACAUAAAGAUGUCUCAGAGAGCUGGACUAAAGGCUCUGACGAAGAGGGCAGGGUUGUGGGAGCAUCGCUUCCUCCUGGUUUUAUUUAGCUAAUUAAUGAUUGAUAUUAUUAUUAUUAUUAUUAUUAUUAUUAUUAUUAGAGGGGCUUUAUGUCACGAUUGGUUGCGUUUGGAAAAAGACUGCUCAAUUUGUACUUUUUUGUGUUUUCUUUUUUUGUGGAUACAUACCUCGUAAAUAUAUAUAAACAUAUAAAUAUAUUUUUUAGAUUAUAAUUUUCCCCCUCUGUUUCUUUUUCUCUGUGUCUGAUCCCGGGUUCCUUGUACAGUAGGGUGUGAACAUAAUAUCAAUGGGAGGAUGAUGUGGUCAAUAGAACAAAGUUAGAAGGUUGACUGGGAAUAUGGGCUGCUUUCACAGACCCAGGUUAAGUUUAGUCCUGGACUAAAAAGCACUUUCAAUGGAGAAUCUCCAUUGAGCAUAAUUUUUAAAUCUCGUACUAGAUUUAGGGCUCUAUUCAAUCUGUGUUGUGGAAGUUCAGUGUUAUAGCGUGAUUGAAAUUUCAAGGCAAUGUUCCCGCAUUAGUGGUAAACGCUGCAUAUGUUGGUUCAACCGGAAUGUACCUUUUACAUUUCGAUCUGGGAAUUUGUAACGAUUCAGCGAUACAGAUUUAAUUGGGCCCUUAAUCUGUAUCUGGUAAACCGGCCCAUAGUGUCACUAUGUAUGACCCUGACUCUCUCUAGUCUUACCUUUCAGGAGGCACAAACAUGGAUCCACGAAAUAGGAUAAAAUGCUAAAUGUCCUUCACCUGUAGCCAUUUGGUUUCUCCCAGAAUCUUCUAGAUCUUUCCUCUCCCUGACAUUUCCAUUCUUACAGAAGCUCUGACAGAAUGAAUGCUACCAUUUGAAAUAUAUGCAGACCUGAAAGAUGGACUUGGUCAUUGAGUACUGUCUUUUUUUUUUUGUCCAUGGGGCACCGGGUGGAGGGAAGUGGAGAACACUUGUCAAUGUGAGGCAUGUGAACAGGUGAACGAAACAAGUCACAAGUGUAACAUAUCUGAAUACAUGCAUCAAUUAAAGCUCCACUGGUUAUAAGAGCAUUACCAUGGUUGUGCCACAUGUUAAAAUGACUUAGGAAGUGAUCCCACUGGCGCUGGACAUCACGUCAUCCCUGACUGAUUCGGAUCCAAAGCAUCACAGAAGCCUGGAUCUUAUAAAACAACACUUUGUUUAUUCUUGUAUAAUGUAUUUCUGGUAAAGUUGGUGACAUUUAAUAAUAAAAUACAUCUGAAGCCUCGGGCAGCACAGUAAGCCUACCUUCCUCUCCCUUAGUUCUGAAGCAGGCACAUUCCUCAUGCAGAUAGCUGUGACAUGCAUUUAACACCCCCCACCCCAAACCCCUCUCGAUGGGCCCCCCCUCCUCCCACUACUCUCACACCUCCAUGCAGCCGCAUCCAAGUCCUCACCUUGUUACAGAAAAUAGAAACCAGCAUCUGAAUCUGUCUAUAUUACGCAUAGUGCACCACCCCCAAACAACUCUGGUACACAUUCCAAGUACACAGCGCAUCAGACGAUGCUAGUAAAAUUAGGCCUCUGACCAAUUUAGCAGUAUCUGAGCAUUGUAGGAUAAGUCUGUGUUAUCCAGAGGUUGACAAUUGUUCAUGGGUUGCGGAUGAUGCUGGGGACAUGGCAAUAGUGUGUGUUGGUGCAUGUGGGCUUUCAUAUGAAGCUGUUGAAGUGGAAAUGUCUGGUUGAACAACUAGUGAUGGAUGGAAAAGGGCCAGAACACUCCUCUGCAUUUUCAACAGAAGAUAUUGCCAGAAUAUAUAAUUUACUAACACAAAUAAAUACAUAACUUACUUUUCAAAA